AUGAAACAUGAAAAUGUCACAGAAUUUAUCCUCCUGGGACUUUUCAGUGAUGAGGAUGUGAAGGUCACCUGCUUUGUGCUGUUCUCGCUUUGCUAUCUUCUAGUUCUCUCAGGAAACCUGCUCAUUCUGCUCACCAUCAGGGGCAGCCACCUCAGUGAACAGCCCAUGUACUUCUUCCUCAGCUACCUCUCCUUCAUGGACGUCUGCUUCACUUCCACUGUAGCCCCCAAACUAAUCACGGACUUGCUGUCCCAGUGGAACACCAUCUCCUACAAUGGCUGCAUAGCCCAGAUGUUUUAUGCCCACUUUUUUGGUGCCACUGAGAUCUUCAUCUUGGUGGCCAUGGCCUAUGACCGCUAUGCAGCCAUCUGCAAACCCCUUCACUAUGUGAUCAUCAUGAGCAGACGGGCAUGCUAUGUCUUGGUUCUGGCCUCUGUUAUCGGAGCAUUUAUCCACUCCCUCUUGCAAGUAUUGAUUGUUACUGAGCUUCCAUUCUGCGGCCCCAAUCAGAUAGACCACUAUUUCUGUGAUAUAUUUCCCUUGCUGAAGCUGGCCUGUACUGACACUAGAGUUUUUAUUAUUACCAUCAUUGCCACCACAGGAGUGUUGUCUAUUUUGACCUUUGUUGCCUUGGUAAUUUCUUACAUCAUCAUCCUGAUAACCUUGAGGACCCGCUCAGGUCGCAAAGCCCUUUCCACCUGUGGCUCACAUAUCACUGUAGUGCCCAUGUUCUUCUUACCCCUCAUCUUCACCUAUGUGCCCAUGGCUGAUUCUGUCAGUGAUGACAAGGUAUUUGCUCUAUUUUACACCAUGAUUGCCCCCAUGUUUAACCCCCUUAUUUACACGCUGAGAAAUACAGACAUGAAGAAUGCCAUGAAAAAGGUUUGGUGCCAAGAGAAAGUGAAGACUAUUGAAUCCUCUGGUGUUUGA